AUGGCGCAAGAGGAGGGGUGCGGCGUCCAGUUGGUCUCUUCAGCAAGGGCUACGGAUGGCGUCGAUACUGGAAGAGAUGGGCUCGAGGACACACUUGCAUGUGAGCACGCAAUCGCCAUUGCCCUCCCGCGGAGUCCUGCCGGCACCAGUAUUCAAUCACGCAAUAUCACGUGCUCUUUGAGGACGAUGGAGCAUCGAGGCGGAUCCAGCCAGUCAGAAUCGGCGCUGGAAUGCGCUCAGGCCACGGGAGUCGCUGCUCUGUCAGUGUCCGCGGCUCUGAUCAAUUCUUGCGCUGUUUUCGCGACUCUCUGCACAACUCUCGUCAUUACUCGUCCUGCCUGCAGUUCCGAUCUGAUCACAAACACACAGUAUGCCGCGUCUGACGGCAAUGAGCACUCGACAAAUAAUGCUUUGGGACGCACUAGCCGGGCCGUAAACGCCUGCUUUCUUUGUCCUUUCCUGGCUGACAAACCAGAAAAUCUCGUAAUCUCAAGACUAAUCUGCUGUGUCUUGGCUUGCCAAGGGCUCUGUCGCACAUUGACCAUCUGCCAGAAUAAUAAUCGUGAUAUGCUGAUCGUUCAACAGUACCUCAGCAAGCAAUCGAGGGGAGAUUUUCGCCGCACCUGCGACCGGAUAGCAAAUGCCGCUCGCUCCAGCGCUGACGCGCGGUUCAAUCAGACUGAUCGGAGAACCGAUACAGGUGCCACGGAAGACACGGAAAUCCAUCGUAAACUAGGCCUGUAUAGGCGCUUGACGGGGCACUGGAGCGGGAGGGAGGGCGGGCGGUAUGUGAAGGGCAGAAGAAAGGUUGGCACGGCAAGAAAGAAGAGAACAAGGAGGGAUAUUCAGUGA